AUGCCCCCUUAUAGCGUCGAGACUGGCGCCGACCAGAUCGUUGCCAACUUCGCUAGCGAGGUUAAGAGCAAAGCGGAUCUGAUCACGGGCGUGUCCCCCAACGGCCUAGGAGCCUUCUUCGCCGAGGCCAUCGCCAAGGCAUCUCCCAAGCUCAUCAUUCUCGCCACCCGAAACGUCGAGAGAGCGUCCGAGGUGGCUGCCAGCAUCAAGGGCAUCAACAGCACAGCCCAGACGCGCAUCCUGCACCUGGACCUGGCGUCUUUAGCCUCGGUGCGCGCGGCCGCCCAGGAGGUCAACUCGUACGCCGAGGACAUCCACGUCGGCGCCAACAACGCGGGCAUCAUGGCGUCUAAUCACCUCGGCCACUCCCUCUUCACCAACCUGAUUAUGGCCAUGCUGCUGCGCAGCGGGCCUGCCCCGCGCGUCGUCAACGUCAGCAGCAAGGGCUACCGGUUGGGCGGCGUGCGGCACUUUGACCACGGCUUCCACGGCGGCGCGUCCUACGACCCGUGGUUCGCGUACGCCGCCUCCAAGACGGCCAACAUUCUCCACGCCGCCGAUCUAGCCCGCCGCCUAGGUAGCAGUGGCCUCGUGGCCGUCAGCCUGAGCCCCGGCGUCAUCUACACGAACCUGUCCACCCACGGCGCCAUGGGCAAGUUUGACGACCUGUGGGCCUUGCUGCGGAAAGUUGGCGACCCGCUUCGAUGGGCCGCCCCAACCUCCUUGGAUUCAAAUCACGGUGUCGCCAUCCACGCCCAUGCUGCGCUGGCCCCGGUGGUCAAGGACUUCAAUGGCGGGUACAUUCGCUCGCUCGACACACUGCCCGAUCCGGUCGAGGGAAUGUCGCCUUGGGCCAUCGGCUACAAAAAAUGA